CUAGAAUGACACUCAGUUUUCAGAGUAAUUUCAGUUUAGUUGCAUUUUUCGUGAGACAAGAGCAGGAUGUUUGACGCCUGUCACAUAUUUCUAUGAACCGAUCAACAUCAGACUAGUACGGUUUGCCAAUGAUCAAGGGAUAUCUUCAUUAUGCACUGGUCAAUUAUCACUCUAUUCAAAUUAUCGUCCAAACAAAUCGAAUUUAUAUUAUUAUACACGAUUAUCUUUGUGUGGGAAUUAAUUUUAGCGGAAAGGCAUUACAAAUUUGGAAAGAAUUAUGGCACAAUCUCAUUAAAUAACAACACAUUCAUGAAUGGUGAAGUGAAUAAAAAUCCUUUGAAUGAUAAUAUUGUUGACACAAAUGGAGAGUUGAAAAUAACAAAUACAAAUCAUUUUUUUAGAAAAAAGUUCAAAGGAGAGCUUAGAAGAGGCUUAUUUUACGUGCAAAACAGCAAUAGUUCGAAUCAGGAGGAAAUUGCUGGAAACACUUUUAUUGAUGGAAAAAUAUUCAACACUAUUAAAGAAAGUAAUAACACACAAUUGUGCUGGCCUUACUUUAUAUUCAAAAGGAGAGUACUCUUGAAAGAAGUUUGCCAGUCAAAAUUAACUAGAAAUAGUAAAAGUGUUGAUGGAGAAAUUAUAAAACCUGGUAACACACGAGGAGGGGGAGGAGUUUUUACAAUGCGUGAAUUGAACCCAAGAAAAUUCGCAAGAUUUUUGAACCUAUUCACAAUCGUGAACUUCCCCAAUGAACUGUGCGUUGAUGGAGAUGAAACAUUUGGAACCUGCUACCACCAAUCAGAAUGCGAGAGACUUGGUGGCUCUGUCAAAGGAACUUGUGCCAAUGGUUAUGGGGUUUGUUGUUACAUUCAAAACACUUGCGGCCAACGAACGAACGCAAAUGGAACUUAUUUUGUUGCCGGAAACUUCUUGGAUACAUCUGAACAUGAUGUGUCUGCAUGCUCCCUCACAAUAGAGAAAUCAGACGCUUCUGUUAAACAGAUUAGAGUUGAUUUCAUUUAUUUUAAGGUAUCUGAUCCUAUCAAUGGAAAUUGUGGAAUUGAUAAAUUUGUAGUAACUGGGCAAAAUAGGAAUAAUAUUGUUCCAGAAAUAUGUGGAGUGAAUACUGGCCAACAUAUUUAUCUAGAUGUUGAUAUGAGUGAAGGUCCAGUUAUGAUUGCGAUUCUGUCCUCAAAAAUGAGAGGAGUACCUAAAAAUUUUGUCAUCAAAGUAUUGCAGCUGAGAGAUGGCGAUGCUCUACUGGCACCUAACAGUUGCCUUCAGUACCAUGUAUCAAAUACUGGCACUAUUAGCAGUUUCAAUUAUCAACCGAAUGCGACUGACUUAUCAAAUGGUUAUAUGAACAAUUUAAACUAUGCGGUUUGUAUAAAAAAAGAAUAUGGAUUUUGUUCUAUAACUUAUUCCAAUCUUAUCAACAAAAUCGAUAUGCCAUUUGAGCUGAAAAACUUGGAUGAAGAUGGGAUGUUCACUGUUAAUCCAGGUGAAGCUGGAGUUGAAUCUUAUAACUGUCCUGAUGACUACAUUGUACUGAAUAAAGUCAAAUUAUGUGGCUAUCGUCUUAAUGAUGCCAGUGAGAAUCCUGACUUCAGAUCCAAUCACCUUAUACGAGAUACUGACAAUGGUCCAUUCGUUGUGUCGGUUCGCACAAAUUCGAAUAUUACUGGGAAAGGAUUUUCACUGCAGUAUAAACAAAUUCCAUGUUGAAGAGUAACAUCAUGAAUUAUAAAAAUAUCGAUAGAAUUACAAAUGAAUCUCAAAUACUCAAUACUAUCGAAGCAGGGUGUGUGAAAAAUAUAUACAAAUCGCACAUACAAUCGAUUAUUCGAUACGUAUUUUGUUUAUAAAUCCAUGUCUGAUAAUACUACCAUACAAUUGGCAAUCCGUUGAUACAAUUUUGCAAUUGAAAAAAUAAUACUUUGUAAAUGAAUAAUUUCCUUAAAAAUAUACAAAAAUUGAA